UGUGAAAAAUACUGUUUGCGAUUGCGAUGGAUUCGUCCAUCCCAUACGGAUAACUGUUGCGAUUGAGACGAUAGUAAAUUUUUCAUGCUUGCUCCCGAAAGCAGAGAAAUUAGAAGUUGACAGUUGCAUCAUCAGUUUAUGAGGAUCGGGUUGAUAUUAAAUUAACAAUGAUGGUAUGCUAGUUAAUAGUAAAAAUCAAAAAUUUUAAGUGUUAUACUCCUGCAGAAACAUUAAUGUUGUUAGAAUGAUUGUUGAUGUGAAAGAUUGGGAUGUGGAUAAAGUGGACGACGGCGUAAUUAAAAUAGUUGAAGAGGUCCAGCUUCGAAAAUAUGGAAAAUUUUUAGAAGGAUAUUGCAAUCAACUCAGAGGAAUAGAACAUGCUUUGGAUGAAAAUUUGGAUGAUGUUUGGAAAUACCAGCUUGAUCCAGUUUCAUUAAUGUUGCUUCCGAAAGAAAAGACCACUAUUCUUGACUUAAUUUCAACAGACAAUCGAGUUUUAAAUAAAAUAAUUUCUGUUCUUGCCGUACUAUGUUGCGAAAUUGAAGAUUUAUGUUGUGAAGCCAAAAGAAAAUAUUUCCCGGCCCUGUUAUUUUAUGGAGAAGGAGAAUCUUCUGAAAAAGAUGCACUUCAGGAUGGUGAAGCUCAUAUAUGUAUUGGUCGAAUGAUACCAUUUAUGCAGGAACUUUCUUGUUUUGUUAAUCACAUUUACAAUGUUGUUAAAAACGUUGUGCAUCAACUUAAUGCUUUGUAUACCAGUGGCAAAAAUGGUGUUCCAGCCAUUAUUGAUGUGACUGAUGUGCAUUUCAAAACAGUUUACAAGCAUUUAGGAUCGUUGUUAUCGAUUUUGGUGACUUUGGAUGAGAUUAUUGAUGGUCAGGAGACCUUACGAGAACACUGGACUCAAUAUAAACGAAUGUUAGUUUCUAUACAUCACAAUUCAUCAAAAUUAGGUUUUGUUCCUGAAAAAUUGAGACCAUUUGAAAAGUUAAUUGGCAAACUUGAAAAACAAUUAUUAGGAGGAGGGAUAUUUCAAGAAUGUGUAGAGCAAAAUUUUGAUGAUGCCAAAAAUUUUGUGUCAAAAAACAGUGCUUUUGCUGAAGAAUUCGCUCUUAACAUCAAGAAUCAAUUUUUGGUUAUUGAAUCCAAACUAGGAGAAGCAAAUGAGGAAUUUGAUGCUCGUUUGAAACUGCCGGAUAUCUGUUGCUUGUUUGUGCUCCACUUCCAUUUAUUUCGUACUGCAGAUAAGAAAUUUUUCAAAUCUUUGUGGGAUACGCAUAAAAAGAUUCCUGCUGUGCCAUUAAUCAGUAACAUUCUAUGGUUCCCAGAUUUAUUUUUAUUGAGACGUUUACAUGUAUUGGCUCGGAAUAUCGAAAGGAAAUCUCAAGAAGCUGUAAAACUUUCUAGACAAACAUAUUUGAUGCAACGCAAUCAGAAUCUCUCCAAAGAUGUCCAAAAUUACUAUGUCCAAACGUUGACCUGGAUGAUUGAAAUGGAUUCUUGCCUCAAGGAUACAGGAAAAUUGCUUGAUGACUUGAACAGGAAAUGUUCCUUAUUAUUACAGGGCCUCAAGUUAGCAUGGAAUAUUUCUCACACUGUUAAAACAAUGAUGAGUCUUCAUAUUGUGUUAUCUAAACCAAUGACAAAGACUUGUGUUUUGGCUCUUUGUCGAAUGAUUGAAAUGUUAAAGGGUAUUGAAAGUACUUACCAUCGGCAUACAGUUAUCAUUAGUGAAUCGCUGACUCAUAUCAUGCAACAUCUUGGUUAUCUUGCUUUGACAAUAAUAAACAUAGGAAAGAAAAGAUUGGUGUCGGAUAAAAAAUAUAGUGAAAGGCGUCUGGACGUGCUCUCUGCUUUGGUUUUGGCUGAGAAAUCAUUAAAUGGUCCUGGUACAAAAGAAAGAAGACUUAUAUCUUACCUUGCAAUGGCAUUGGGGGUGCAAAUGAAUUCGUUUAAAGAUGAAGAGGUUGCUAAUUUUGCUGGCAUUAUGAAGAAACUUGAUUUCAUUUGUGACUUAAAAGAAAAGAUUAAAGAGGCAUGUGACUGCAGCUUUAUGUAUUGGCACCAUGUGGUUUUUCCUACUUAUGUUGCUGAUAUUUAUGAAAAUGGUGUUGACGUUCACAGAAUCCAGUAUAUGAUAUUUGCUCUGCAUGAUUGCAUCGAACCAAUUCUUGCAUGUCGUCAUGAAUCAUCUUCUGUUGCGUUAGUUCAAGCAUUUCAGAAAGAAACAUUUUUAACGAUAAAAAAGCAUUUGCUGGAUCCAUUGUGUAAAGAUAUUGAAACAGAACUUCGCCUUCAUUGCCAUUACCAUUUACAGUUAGAUGAUAGAAACCCAUUUAAAAUUGGACGUAAAGAUUUUUCACAUUUUCUUAAUCUCUCAUCUAUAAGACUCUUUGAUCGCAUCAUUAACGUGAAAGCAUAUGUUGAGCAUUAUUUGGAUAAAAUAUUUUAUAACUUGACAACAGUAGCAUUACAUGAUUGGAAAACUUAUGGGGAGAUGAGAAGCCUGGCUAAACAUAAGUAUACUCUUACAACUGUAGAAGCUCAUUUGCCUAGUCAAACAUUAGAGCAGGGCUUAGAUGUGCUUGAAAUAAUGAGGAAUAUCCACCUGUUUGUUUCCAAUUAUUUGUAUAAUUUGAACAAUCAAAUAUUUGUGGAGCGCUCAAGCAAUAACAAGCAUCUUAAUACUAUAAAUAUAAGACACAUAGCUAAUUCGAUUAGGACUCAUGGGAUUGGUGUUAUGAACACAACUGUAAACUUUGUUUAUCAGUUUUUGAGGAAGAAAUUUCAAAUAUUUUCUCAGUUUCUGUAUGAUGAACAUAUCAAAUCGAGAUUGAUUAAGGAUUACAGGUACUUCAAAGAAAAUAAAGUUCAAAACGGACAAAAGUAUCCAUUUGAUCGAGCUGAAAAAUUUCAUCGAGGCAUUCGAAAGCUGGGACUAACAAAUGAUGGUCAAAGUUAUUUGGACCAGUUUCGUCUUUUAAUUAGUCAGAUCGGAAAUGCAAUGGGUUUUGUUCGUAUGAUCCGUUCCGGUGGAAUUCAUUGUUGUAGCAACGCUAUACGAUUCAUUCCUGAUCUUGACGACAUUAUUACUUUUACUGAUUUGUGCGAAGAUGAAAAAUUGUCUGCUGAGACAGUAUCUGGAGCAAAGAAACUGGAUUCUGUAAUUAGUAAUUUAAGUAAAAAUUUCUCAGAAGGUACCGAAUAUUUUAAGUUGCUUGUUGAUGCCUUUGCUCCUGCAUUCCAGGAUCCGAAGAAUAGUCACAUGAAAAAUUUUUUUGUUAUUGUUCCUGCUCUGACUAUUAAUUUCGUUGAACAAUCAAUAUCAAGCAAGGAAAAAUUAUCUCGCAAGAAUAAAGUUGGUGCUGCUUUUACCGAUGAUGGCUUUGCAAUGGGCGUUGCUUAUAUAUUAAAGCUUCUAAAUUUGUAUCAAGACUUUGAUUCACUUCAUUGGUUCCAAUCCGUACAAGAAAAAUAUUCAAAAGAUAGGAUUGAUGUACAUAAACAAAAAACUGCAGCUGUUGGGAAGGAAGAUCGAAAAUUAUUGGAAACAAUGAAUUUAACGAGUAGAAGAUUGGAAAUUUAUCAACAAGAGUUUGAUUUGCUGAAUUAUUCUUUGAGUAGCGCUCGUAUAUUUUUCCGUGCUGAUUUGAGUGCUGAAGAAGAAAAGAAUGAAAAAAAUGCAAGUGCUUGAAUAUCUUCUGUUGGUGAAAAGUUGGUAUUCCCAUCACAUAAUUUAGUUUAUCAUUUAUUUAAAUCCUGUGAAUUUAAGAGCUUCAACAUAUAUAUUAAGGAUUAAUUUAUUUCAAAGACUGUUGUAAUAUGUUUUCAGAUAACAUUACAAAUAUUCAUACACGAUGUUUGUUGAUGUAUAAUUUUUUAAUUGUUACUUUUUAAAAAUGUUUUCAGAUGUAUGCAUUUUGAAAUGCUCUUAAUCUUUGCUUUUUUUGUUACUAGGUAUUAUGAUUGUAGCAGUAAAUUUUAAAUUGCUAUUUGUACAUUUUUUUAAAAAAAGCUUUAGUAAAAAUAUGCACCAAAAUGUAUAUGUUUAAAUAUUUUGUAUAAUAAAUAUAUUUUCAUGAAUUUUUGCCUGUGAGAAUUUAAUGUUAAGAAAUCUAAAUAGAAUGCAUUUAGUUAAUAUUUUUUCCAUAUUCUUCUUGUUUGGCAAUAUCUUUAACAAAUCUUCUGAAGCAUGUCCGAAAUUCGUUUUGUCAUUAUGAAUGUAAUUUAACAUUUUGCGUAUGAAAUUAGUUACGUUUUCUGUCUGCAUUUAUCUGCUAAAAAAUCUGGGUUUAUUGGAAACCAUAGAUGUAGUAUACUACCGAUUCAGAUCCAUUGAUUGCUUGGGAAACUUCAUUUAAGGAUUUACACUCAGAAGUAGAGCGAUGGAAAGAAACUCCUUGGGUAAGGGGAAUCUGUUUAUUCUUUUCUUCUUUAACAUUUUUAAUAUGAGAAAAUAAAAAUUGGUGGGUAUAAAAUAAUGCAACCACUUAUGAAAAAGUAUAUUUGCAAUACAGCCAUGUCACCUUGUACAAAAAAACUACCGUUUAAUGGUUUUGAAAGGUUUGCUCCUUUCUUUCCAAGAUAUGUUGCGACAUUUCUUUUAUUGUAAAUUUAUCUUGCUUUGUCUACCGGUGCAAUUUUGACUCAUUUUAAUUGUGUGACUAAUGCAUAUGAAGCAAAUAAAUUUCGGAAACCAAUAUUUCGACAUUAAAAUCUUUAAUUAUACAACUGCUUACAUUUUCUACAUUUGAAUCGAAGCUUGCAAUGACUUAAAUGGCUAAGCACAUAACUUUGAUUUUUUUUUUAACUGCUCAUGUUGCUGUGUCUAUACAUUUAAUUUUUUCCUUUUCUCUUAACUUCUGAUGCGAGGGAGAAGAUGCCUUUUUCAGUGUCGUACCGAGGUGGUCAUAUGCCAUGGCAGAACUGCAAAAUAGCAUCCCCCAAUACAUUAAUUUUUAUUACUCAUAUUUGACAAAUUUUGUAAAUAAGUUGGUAAAAAUUAUACUUUCUGAAAAUUAAUUCUUUAAUUAUUUAUUUCGCUUUUUAUACUGUUCGCAAUAAAUUAAAUUUAUAACUACAGCAAAUGACUCACAAUUCUUGAAUAUUUUCUUGAAAACCGGAAGUAAAACAAAAUCUCUUACUGCAUGUGACAGUUACCAAAAACUGAUAUUUGUGGGAUAUAUAAUGAAAAACACCUCUUCUAUUAACUUACAAAUUUUUAUAGCUCGGAUAUUUCAAAAACUGAAUGGAGAAUUAGAAGCAAAGAACUUGUUUUAUUUGUCAACAAAAUAAUGUAGAUCUAGUUGAACUGAGAAAUGUUGAAUGCAUUUGAAAUGAUCAAUUGUAAUUUCUGGUUAGUAAAACUGGAAAUAGAUUACAAAAUAUAAAUGCCUAUGAAUUUUAUUUAUUAACAAUUUAAUGAAUAAAAUAGAAGUUAAUAUAAUUAAUUCUUAAUCUAAAAUUCUACCACAUACAUUACAAUUUACAGUACACUGUAUUAUACAUACUAACAGGCGAAUAAGAUAUUAAUACAAAUUUUUAAUUAAAUUUUAAAUAAGAUGUUGGUGAGUGUAUAAUUAGCAUAAUGCCAUUUUGGAAUUAAACUUUUUAGAUAAUUUUUGUAAUCCCACUUCAAAUAAAAUUCUCACAUAAGAUGCUAAAUUGUGUAGCAACCUGAAAAGAAUUGGUAUAACAUUUGUUUUUUAGUUAACAAAUUCAAGACAAGAUCGUAACUCUUAAGUACGAACAUUUUGAAUAUGUUAACAUCCAUGUUAAAUUGGCGUUUAUGAAUUGUUAUACUGCCCAUCAUAGCUACUAUUUGUAUUUUUAAUAUAUAUUUAAACAUUCGCUUUUGCAAAGUAGCUUGUAUGUUGAGAAUAUUAACUAUGUGGUUGUUAAACAAAUAGUAAGAAAUGAAUUU